CUCUCUAUCAAUCUCGCCCUCAUUCCCACACACACACACACACACCAAACCGGGUUCAGUGUCAGUGUGUGAACCGUGUAAACCCUCCCGUCUGGAUUUGGACUUCGUUUUACUGGAUUAGAAAGCACGGUGUGCAUCCGUUUUGCUUUGCGGCUCCGCCCGGUGUGCGGCGCGGACUGACUGCUCACAUCUGAGAGUUUUAUUGACCGACAGCGGCGGGAGAGGACUGGUGUUACCCCACACAGGACAAAGAAAACGGGGGGGACAUUGAGGAAAAAGCAUAAGAGUGGAAAAAGAGAGGGAUGAAAAUGAAGAACUGUCUCCUCAGACUCGUCUUUUCUCUUUUAAUGCUCGGUGGGUGCUCGGCCCGGGUGGUGAUGGUGUCUCCCGGUCCGUUAAUUCGGGUGCAGGAUCAGCCGGUCUCAAUCAGAUGUGAUGUCCAAGAAUAUGGGGGACCUCGUGAGCAGGAUUUCGAGUGGAUGAUGUCCAGGGACCAGACCGAUAAAGACAAAUCGACAAAGAUAAUCUCCACCUUUGACGCAAGCUACUCCCACCCGUCGCUCAGCAAACGCGUCGCGUCCGGCGACAUCUCGGUGGUGCGGCUCCAGGACAACGAGGUGGAGCUGAAGAUAGCGGAGGUGAAGGAGACGGACGCCGGUUUCUACUGGUGCCUAACGCCGAGUACCGACUCCGUCAUCAGCGGCAACUACGAGGCUCAGGUCCAACUCACUGGUACGGGAGAGUCCAUGACCCCAACACCUCCAGUGCUACCCCCAGCGCCUACAUCCCAGUCCGUUUUCAGAAGGAAGUACAUCACAGCUGUCCUGCAACGUCACCCCCGCAACGUUCACCCACCCCACCUAACCCUGCCCGUCACCUUGUCAGGAGCCGGGUGA